UUCUCUCGAAACCGUACAACGAUACGGAAAUAAACCUCAGUUAUUUGCAUCAACCUUUCGUAGGGAUCCUAACCUUCCAUUCCCUUUUUUGACACGUUACCGUGGUAUUUAUAAACAUGAGCGUAAUGCCAUAUUUUGUAUCUUUCUUGACGAGUUUUGAACACUACGCACUUGGGUGUAAUUAUAGCAAUCCGCCGUAAUCGCAUUAAUUAUCUUCCAGUGAAUGUUGAGAAUUUUCUGUGUGGUUUGAAGUUGUGGGGAAGUCAGUAUGACCUCUCUCAAUAUUUUGACGUGGCUUCCAUCAAGAGUUCAGUCUUCAUCUAGGUCCAUGUCCUUGUGGUCAACAAGUUCUGGACGCAGAUCUAUUUAUGAUCCUAGCAACUUCUCGCCAGAUUACAAUUGGUACCAAGCUUCUCAUCCUCCAUCACGUAUCAAGAAAAUGUCUCAAUCAGGAGAACCACCGUGCAUUCUCAACUCACCAGCGUAUCUAUCAUGGAGGAAGCUGCAGCUGAGUAGAGCUAAACUAAAAGCCUCAGCCAAAACGUCUGCCCUACUGUCAGGGUUUGCUAUGGUGGCGAUGGUAGAGGUGCAAUUAAGCAACGAUUCUCAAGUUCCUCAAUCAAUGUUAGUCGCCUUUGCUAUAUGCACAACACUUUUGGUAGCAGUUCACAUGUUAGCACUCAUGAUUAGUACGUGUAUACUACCCAACAUGGAGGCAAUAUGUAAUCUACACUCAAUUAGUCUUGUCCACGAAUCUCCACACGAACGUCUCCACUGGUACAUCGAGACAGCAUGGGCCUUCUCUACACUGCUAGGUUUAAUUUUAUUUAUUAUCGAAAUAGCCAUCCUGUGUUGGGUCAAGUUUUACGAUGUUUCACAGUACGCUGCAUGGUCGGCGUGCAUUAUUCUCAUCCCUGUUCUAAUAAUCUUCUUGGCGUUUGCCAUUCACUUUUAUCGCUCUCUAGUCGCUCAUAAGUAUGAGGUCACCGUGUCUGGUAUCCGUGAAUUAGAACUCCUUAAAGAGCAAAUCGAGGCUGGUGACAUGGAAAGAGCUAAUGGAACAGGGCUAUUGAGUGCAUCUCAAGUUGUUUGAAUUUCCCGUGUCCUUAAAAUACAAAUUGACCUUAACUUGCGCUGUUUCUGUCAAUUUUGUUAUUUUCUUCUCUCUCUCUUUCCCCAACGCUGCAGGCAUUGGAAACUCAAUGUAGUUUUAGUAUGAUAUUAGUGACUGUUCUCAAGGAAAGGGAUCCCUGUGAAUGGAGACCAAUUUAAUAGGAAAGCGAUCCUCAUCAGUUGCAUGAAACAUUAUGUUUUAGAGGAAGGUCUUUCUGUAAUAGCCCUAAAAAUAAAUUGUAAGCAAUUUAGUUCAAUCAGUGCCAACUCAACAGUCAUAACUUCAGUUUGGCCUUACAUUUUUUCCCACAGCGUUUCCCUCAAAAUAUCCUUGUAAAAUACUCCUCCUAUCAGUGGUACCAAUAUCUUGAUUUUAAUUAUUUUGUCGUUUAGGUCCUUUCUCCCUAAAAACAGUAACAUUUCGAUGGCCAAAGUGCGGAACCGCACAUCGCUGCAUUGCAAUGUUUGAAAAUGUCUGCUACCCUAGAUUUUUUCAAAGAGAAACUAGCCACAUUUACAGUUUGAAAUGGAUACAGAAUAUGCUGCUAACAGAGAGGAAAAAUCAAGGAAGUUUUCAAGAACUUACGUUGACUUUUUUUCCAAAGAAAAAAUAAAGUAUGACAGAAAGUCAGCAACAUUGCAAAUGGAGAUACAUGGUUUUGCAAUUUGGCCAUCGAUUUGUUUGAUAGGAAGCUCCAAUAAAAUUUUGCAUCUACAAAAUGACACAAGCCCUCCUAGUCAAAUCACCAUCGACAAAGAUAAAGUUCCAAGUAUUGAUAGUGCUGAAAAAAUUUUUCAAAUUUUUUAACAGUGAAAAUGAAAUGAAAAACUUGACUUUGGAAGAUUCUUAUCAGCUCCAGGAGGAAGUUCCAUUGCACAAAAUCUCCAGUUAACCAAACGUUUUCGUGCCAAAGAAGUCACUUGGAAAUUAAUCCACAAGACAACUGCCGUAGUAUUUAUAUCAUCAAGAAUAAUGUCUAAUGGAGGGCUCCUAUCUUGUGCUUUUUUGAAAGCUAAAAAGCACGUUUCAUAAAUUAUUGUUUAAAUAUUGUCUAAUUUUAACAUAGUUUUACUUAGAGAAAAAAUCGUCUCUUAAUUUUUUUUUUUUUUUUAAACUCAUCAUCAAGUUCCUCUAAUGUUUCCCGGUAGAGCUUGCUUAGCUCAUGGAAAUUUGAAAUCUUCUUGGAUACAUCACACCUAAUACCUGAAGUGCAUGUUUUAACUAAUUCACAAUGCAUUGAAGGGUUUGCCUCUAACUUUUUGCAUGAAUGUAAAAAUUAAGUACAUAGAACGGAUUUAUCAAGACUUCCGGUUUGAAUUUUUCAUAGGUCUUUGCAUUUUAAAAUUGCUCAAAAUAUUUUUAGUUGGUUAACAGUGAGCAUUAUCAAAAUGUGCGUUUUAGGUAUGAGUCUUCAUCAGCCUCCAUUAUCCGAACUUGCAACCCUUAAAGGCUUUACAUAAAUUAUUUUAUGCUGAAAUGUGAAAUUAUAGACAAGCUCCUCUUUUAUCCACCAUCUAUUUAUCCACCCUCCCCCCCCCCCAUCCGAAAAAUUAUGCUGUUCUUCUUUUAUUCUCCGCCUGUAUGUGAAAAAAAUAUCAACAUGUUUUGCUGAUAUUGCCUGAACCCUGAACUAAUCUUAGAAAUAUUGACGCUUUGCUGGGAUCUUUUCUUAAGUCAAGAUGAACUGGAUUGCUUUGCUUCCCUUGCCCUAGGGCGUUAUUUACAAGCAGCCCCCAAAGUAAUUUUUGGAAUUGGAAAAUCCAUUUUUGUUAAGACAUAUCAAUUUUUUAUUGGGUUUAAAUUAUUAAUAGACCUCGCUUACUUAGCUUUUCAAUAAGCCUCAUGUCUUAGAAUUUUGCAUCUCAGGUUGUAGAAAGUCCUAGACUUUCUACCCUGAAUAAAGCCUUUACCAUAUGCUUAGGGCCGUUCAAGAAUGUUUACUUUUCUUUUGCUCCUGUUUUAGCUUUUAAAGCAUGAUUUGUCACCAUCAGCCACUUAAUUAUUUCCUCCGAGUUGAAACCUUCAUGUCAAAUUAGUUGGUGUGACUUUUAGAUAUUGACACAAGAUCUGCUGGCUAUUUGGCUAUCGGAAUAAAAUACAAAAAAUAAGAUUAUACAGGGUGUCUACAAGUCCGGAAUUUGCGCAAAGUUCGGAAAUAGUACUGAUUUUUUAAGGGCUGUCCGAAAGUACUGGAAAAGUGCGGAAAUUUCGUCAGAAGGUCCGGAAUUUUUCAUUUUUGUCGCAAUUUGAGAGAGAAAUCCCAAUGUUUGAAAUUUUUAAAAUUUCGUCAAAUAUAGGUACUGAAAAAUUACUGCAUUUUUCCGUUGAAGAAGUACUGACUUUAUCGGGAGUGUACUGAAAAGUACUGUAAAAGUACUGAUUUUUGUCCAGCAUGUUUUAGUAGACACCCUGUGAUAAAUUUAUCAUUCUACCCCGACAUCAGCCAAUUUAUCCGGCUCGAACUUAAAUUAGGUACCGUCCCUUCUUUAACCAUAGACAUGAUUUGUGAAAAGCACACAUUGAUUUCUUCUCUUAACCCCUUUAGUCUAUUUUUCCUCGUAUUUAUUUGUUCAUGUUUUGCCUUUUAAAUUUUCAUCUUCUAUAUAGUCUUGAACUACCCUGUGAUUCUAGUAGCAACAUUCCUUGAAAGUUAGCGCUUUUCCUUCUGUUCUCCUUUUUUAUAUUCAACGCUACAAUUGAGAAAUAGGAUUUAGAUUAAUACUGUAUAUCUAUGUGAAGUUUUUUUCCUGCAGUUGUAUUGAAAAAUUGUCUCAAAUAUUACAACACCAUCAUAGUUUUGUACCUUCAAUCUGACUUUUCUCAUUUGCAAGCUUAGUCCUCUAUGGCAUACUGUCACUUAUGUGUAACAACGCAUUUUUUGGGUUUUCUCUUUAAAAAAAAUUGAACUAUUUUUUUGUUGCAUGAUGUUGCAAAAUUGUAUCUAUGCUUUCUCUCUUGAAAAAUAAUCACUAAAAUUUUUGGAUUUUGAGGAAAAAAAUUGAGACUCCGUUUUUUCUAAAGCUACCGCCUAGAUUUGCGUUUCCCCAAAAUCCGAGACCUAAAAUUAGUUCAUGCCAUAGAGGGUAAGACACUCUCUUCAAAAGAGAGCAAGUGUGUUUGCAUCAACUUACUGGUUUUUUUUUUUUUUUUUUCUCUCUCUCUUUGGUCCAAAAACCACUAGGUCUUUAGACUCUCUAACUCUGAUGAAUUAUGAUAAUUUUGAUCUGAAGGCAAUUUCAAGUGCCAAAAAAAUGAAUUAUAGCAUCGACUUUGUAUUUUUGACACUCAGCAUUUAAAUUUGUUAAAAUAUUGUAAAUGCAUUAUUAUAUUGCAUACUAUUCAAUAUUCCGAGGAUUUCUCAUAGAUGUGAACUAAUUUUUGAAGAGACAGGUGACAUCAAAUAUUAUUUGUAUUUUAAUUUUUUCACUUGUACAUGUUCAGUACUUUUGGUUGUAGAACCCAGUGGCAGAAGCAGUAGAGAGCUCCUUUCCUUUAUUUUUCUCCCAUUAUUUCACUUUCAUCAUUCACUUGAAUAUGUUGUAAAAAUACCGUGAAAAUUUAAACAAGAAUUACACUUUCACUGAAAAAAACCAAGUAAGAAACUAUGUAGCCUUAAGAAUUUACGCUUAAUAUUUCAAGUUUUUGGUUUUUCUGAACAGAAUUUACUUCUUAGCGUAGUGUAAUAUGAAGUUCUGUAUGAAACUAAUGGCUGUUUUUAAAAAAGGUGUCUUUUUUAAUGAGAAACCAAAGUUCACCAAUCAGUUGCUUGAAUCUCAUCAGUUACUUAGUAUCAGUAGUCGGCUUUGCUGAGUAAAAACUUUGGGACUCCAUCUCAGAUUUUAAUAGUUUUCAUAGAUAGAACACUUUAUAAAAAGAAAGCUAGAGUGCUCUUUUUGUUCAUUCUAGAUAGAUUCAAUUUACGUUGGUGUGAGAGCUGCAAUACCUCCGAGAAAAAUGAUCAAAAUUUUGAAGAGAGAACCGCAGUUUUUGCUUAGCAAAGCAGUGGUUUUCUUUGAAUUUCUUUGUUUAAGUAUUUAGUUUUGUUUUUCAUUUUGAAAGUUUUCCUCUUAGCAGCCAAGUUAAAGUCAAAACAUUGUUUGCUUUGUUUCAUUCUGUCAAAUGCUCCAAGCUCUCUUCAAACUUGAAGGUCAGCAUAUUAUUUUCUGAAAAAUAAUCAUAUUUGCUUGGAAAGUUUGUAUAACCCUUCUUUUUAAAGUUGAGUUGAAAAAUUUUGAGUUUUCAUUCCUCAAGUCGUUUUACAAAAAUUUUAAAAUUCUAAUUCUCCUGAAGUGGAAUGUUUGGCAUCAAAAAAUUACCUUACAAAAUAAAGCAUCUUAUAAGUUAAAAGAUCACCAAAACACUGUGCGCUUUUGCUCAAAUUUUAGCGAAAUAGAGCAAUAAUCUUCCACAUUUUAUUAACUUUUUCGCUAUUUGUUAGUCCUGCAAUCUUGUUAUAAAUUAUUCUAGUUUAUUUUAAAAGUUAUGUGCUUUAUUAAUCGGGGCACCACAUUUGUUUUGCUUUUUUUUUUUCUUGCUCUCCAAACCUUCAAAAGGAACGAAAUUAUUAUAUAUAAGUACCUGUUAUUUUUACCACCUGCUGGAUCCUUUUUGUAUGUACUUAAAAUUGAAUUUGCAUUAAAAUAAGUACUUAGGACUAAUUAUUUUUGUUAACUGAUUGGAUUGUUAUUGAUCAUGUAUGUUAGCAAGUAUCCUAUAACUUUUAUCCGCCUUUUUCAGGGGUUAUGUUUAUUAAACUUCUUUUACUCAUUUCUUCGAAGCUAAACACGCUUUCAAAGGCCACUGUCACAUUUUGUCGCCGUAUGUAUGUACUAAGGAACACAUCUCAUCCAUACUGUUUCAGUAUUUCUACGAACAUUUUUGUUACAUGGGAGAACUUGUCUCACGAAUUUGUCUGCAAAAUUCAGAGUCUCCUUUCAUGAAUGAGAAAUCACUGGAAAUUUCAGGCAAAUUUAUGUGACUGUUCUUCUCUGAAUGUAUAAAAUGCUAGUAAGAAAUACUUUCUACUACUAGUAGACAUCACAAGUGAGUUACGUUCCUUUGUGUUGGAUACAACGUUUUAUCAUCUUUUGAAUUUUUGAUUCCUCGUUUGGUGCUGUUAUACCCGCACACUGUUUUGUAAAUUAAUGACCAUGAACUCCCUCAACCUAUCUCUUCAAACUCAUGAUCUUCAUGACUUCAACCUUCCACUUUCCUUUUUCUUUCUAUUUUCUCCCUUGAUUGAGUCAUUGAAUUUAAUCAUCUCAUUAUUCCCCUGUAUAAUUACACCUAUUUCAAGAUUAUGGAGAUCUCAUGGCAGAGCUACCUUCACUUACCUUCUGCUUUCGACCCUCCUUAGAUGGGACAAAAUACAAAAUUAGCGUGUAUUUGUAAGACUUUGUUUAUUAGUCAGCCAAUGCUGAUAAAAAUAGUGCAUUUUUAAGUUAUUUUUAUUUUGACAAAUAAUCAAAUAAGUUAUAAUUUAUUGUAAUUAUAUCCUUGUACAUGAUUUUUUACCUGUUUCUCGUUUUAAGUGAAUCAAACAUUUUUUAAAUUUAUGGUAAGUUUGUGAAUAAAUUUUGUUUAUGUAAAAGUU